UCAGCACAACCAGCAUUAUGCAGCUGUUCAACGUGGAGAGGAACACCCACCAGUGCCUGCGAGGUGAUGGGUAAAGCAGAUAUCUGGUUGAUGCGAACCUACUGGGAUUUUGAUUUCCCUCGUCCUUUCCUCCCCAACUUCAAGUUUGUUGGCGGGAUCCACUGCAGACCUGCUAAACCUUUACCAGAGGAUAUGGAGGAGUUUGUGCAGAGUUCUGGAGACGCUGGCAUCGUGGUCUUCACUUUGGGAUCAUUCAUCAAGAACAUUACUGCAGAGAAGGGAAACAUGAUAGCCUCAGCCCUCGCUCAGAUCCCACAAAAGGUGCUGUGGAAAUACAGCGGAGAAAAACCAGCAACUCUUGGUGCCAACACCAAACUAUACGACUGGAUCCCUCAGAAUGAUCUACUGGGUCACCCCAAGACCAGAGCUUUCAUCACCCAUGGUGGCGCAAAUGGGAUUUAUGAAGCCAUCUACCAUGGCGUUCCCAUGGUAGGCAUCCCCAUGUUCGGUGACCAGCCAGACAACAUGGUCCAUAUUAAGGCUAAGGGCGCUGCGGUUACUGUAGACUUGAACUUCAUGAAGACUGAGGACCUUAGAGAUGCAGUCGAUGCUGUCAUCAAUGAGAAAUCGUACAAGGAGAAUGCUAUGAGGCUGUCCAGUAUCUACCACGACAGACCAAUGAGUCCUCGGGAUGAGGCGGUAUUCUGGAUCGAGUUCACCAUGAGAAACAAAGGAGUCGAGCACCUGAGGGUGCAGGCCCAUGAGCUCACCUGGUACCAGUAUCACAGCCUGGAUGUCCUGGCCUUCCUCCUCGCCAUAGUUCUGUUUUUCUUACUCCUCUUCAUCAAGACCUGCAGUUUCUGCUUCCGGAGGUGCUGUGGCAAAAAGGGAAAGAUGAAGAGAAAGGCAGAGUAACUGACUGGAUUGAAAUGUAGCUGGUGAAGAACUGAGGAUGAAAAAAUAACCUGGUUGUUCAGCGGUUUUCUUGUUCGUCUAAAUAAUGUAACGUAACCACGAUGCCUUAGAUUGUGAUGUGUAGUUUAGCACCAGAAAUCAACACAACGUUGACACAAUUAAGGUAAAUACAUUUUAAAAAGACUUUCAAAAAACAUCACUUUAUUAUUUUGAAACUCCAAACGAUUUUAUUGUAUUGUAUGUGAACAUUUUUCUUGUUUGGUACUUCAUGUAUCACCAGUAAUUACUUCAAUUGCUGACAGGUGUCCACUAAUUU